AUGGACUUAAAACGCUGGCAGCAGAAAAUGUUCUUCUAUCCACUCUUAGUUUACAACGCUUUAUUUGCGAGGACAUUCCAGUCUUGGGAGAGGAGACUUCGGAUAAUGAACGAUUUGUCAUCAGGGAGGUAUGGAAGCAUUCUGACUCCUUGUGCAAAAAAUUACAUAUUGAGUUAUUUGGAAGAUGGCUUGUACAAUGUAUACAGUGUCAUGGAGACUUCGAAAGAGUUGUGCAACGCUCUUGAAAAGAAGUAUAAAAUGGAAGAUGCUGGACUAAAGAAAUUUGUUGCCGCAAAAUUCCUGGACUUUAAAAUGGUGGACAGUAUGGUCAUAAAUGAAGCAUUUCAAGUUGCGGCAUUUAUUGAAAAGCUGCCUCCGCAGUGGAAGGACUUUAAAAAUUACUUGAAACAUAAGCGCAAGGAGAUGACACUUGAAGACCUUAUUGUUCGUCUACGGAUUAAAGAGGACAACAAGGCUGCUGAGAAGAAGUCUCGUGGAAAUUCAACAAUAAUGGGUGCAACUAUUGUUGAGGAAGCUUCAACAAUACGUAACCUAGUCGGAAAUCCUAGAGAAUGGUGGAUUGAUUCGGGAGAAACUCGACAUGUUUGUGCCAACAAGGAGUUGUUUACUUCUUAUGCUCCCGCUGAACCCAACGAGACAGUUUUUUUGGCAAAUUUUGCUACUGCAAAAAUUGAAGGAAUGGGCAAGAUAGCAUUGAAGAUGACUUCUGGAAAGAUUGUGCCUCUAAAAGAUGUUCUUCUUGUUAAUGAAAUGCGGAAGAAUUUAGUCUUGACAUCACUUCUAGUCAAGAAUGGCUUUAAGUGUGUUUUUGUUUCCGACAAGGUUGUAGUUAGUAAGAAUAAAAUGUAUGCAGGAAAAGGUUACCUGACUGAGGGCCUUUCAAACUUAAUGUAA